AUGUAUGCCAGAUACAAGUUUGUGGAGAAGCUCAAUGAGAAGGCAGGUGGUGUGCCCCCAGCACUGAACCAGGCUGCUUUCUGGAUUGGAAUGCUUUCUUGUUUGGGGAUGUGUUUUGUUGUUACUUUCCAGAAGACAACGAUUACGUCAGUUCAUGAUGCAGGUGCAUUACUCUUCUUCUUUUCUGGUGUGUUGUACACUAUCCUCCAGUCCAUCAUAUCCUAUAAGGCCUACCCCUAUGGAUGUUCCUUGGCCUUGUGUCAUAUGCGCACCGGAAUUGCAACCAUCGCCUUCCUGGCAGUUUCCCCCACUGUUAUCUGUGCUGUCUUUGUGACACAAACCACACUGCAUAGAAAAACAGAAGACGAGGACUAUGUGUUCCAUCUGGUGAGUGCUGUGAGUGAGUGGAUCGUGGCCUUCAGCUUCAUCUUCUUCUUCUUUACCUAUAUCCACGACUUUAAAAAGUUUACUCUGAAGCUGAGAACAGAGUUUGUGGACUAUUCCUGAUGAAACAUUGAUUUGAACCUUUUAAUCUGAAUAUUUACAAAAUCAAAUGUAUUUUUUCUACUUUUAUAAAGCAAAUGUAUAUGAAAUUAUCUGAACGGUAUGAUUUCUUUCUUUAUACUGUAUCCAUUGCAACAUAACUUCAAUAUUAAGGGUUAACCACAAAACAAACAUAUCCUGUGACCAGCAAUUAGAGAAGUUGUUGGGUUAAGGAAAGAGUUAACCCAUUGUUCAUAAUCCAGGGGGUACAAAGGUCAGUAUUGUGCAAGAAAAUCACAAGAUCAAGUUGAUCAGGGGCGCAACUUUGGUUUAAGAAGUGGGGGGGACAUAAUUAUACAUGUCCCCCUGUCCCCAGUGAAGUUGCGCCACCUGAAGUUGAUAUAGAAAAUGAAUUUCACGCAUCACGAGUUUAUGGAUAGAGGCUGUAUAUACACUUACCUACUCCAAGGUUAAUCGUUUUAUAUUACAAUGUACAUGUUUGUCUAGUUAGGUAUUUUGCUCAAGAAAAACUCAGGGUAUUGAGGCAUAUCUAUACCAUUGUAAUAAAGUAAUUCAAAAUACA